UUGACAGUCUGUAAUCGUUUCAAUUUCUUUGUGCGGCUUUUGUAAUAAAAUUAUUGUAGUUACACAAAAGUGGGGCAAAUUUACGAGCCUAUAAUUAUCAUUUGUUGGUCAAGAUAUUUUUAAAAUGCAAAGUGUAAUUAAUACGGUUAAGGGGACCGCCCUCGGCGUAGCUGGAUACUUGACGCCAGUUCUGAAGGAGUCGAAAUUCCAAGAAACUGGUGUGCUGACUCCUGAAGAGUUUGUUAUAGCAGGGGAUCAUCUGGUGCAUCACUGUCCCACGUGGCAAUGGAGCAAGGGGGAGGAGGCCAAGGUCAAACCUUACCUACCUCCCGAUAAGCAAUUCCUCAUCACUAGGAAUGUGCCAUGCUAUAGGCGCUGCAAGCAGAUAGAAUACUGUGAGAAUAAUGAGAAGGUGAUAGAAGAUGAACAUGACGAGGAUGGAGGGUGGGUGGACACCCACCACUUUGAGUCACCGGGGUCACCCACUGUGGAAGAAAAGGUGUGUGAAAUGACACUAGAAGCGGCUGAAACCGGUGACAGUGACGGUGACGAAGCUCCCGACAACGACGACGAUGACGACGCGGACGACGGCGAAGCUGAGGACAUGGAGAGCUUCCAGGAGUCAGGCCUGCUGGAUGAAGUGGACCCGUCAACAGCGCUGACCACCCGCAAGGAGCGCAAGCCAAAGGAGAAGAGGCAGAAGCAGUCGGACGGCGACGAGAUAGUGAGGACCCGCACCUACGACCUGCACAUCACGUACGACAAGUACUACCAGACGCCGCGACUGUGGCUCAUUGGCUACGAUGAGGACCGUCGCCUGCUGGGCGCGGAGGCGCUGUACGAGGACAUAUCGGCGGAGCACGCGCGCAAAACCGUCACCAUGGAGGCGCACCCGCACCUAUCGGGGCCCGGUAUGGUCUCCGUGCACCCGUGCAGGCACGCAGAAGUGAUGAAGAAGAUAAUCGAAAUGGUCACCGAAAGCGGAGGCCAACUACAAGUGCACUCCUACCUGAUCGUGUUCCUCAAGUUCGUACAGACGGUCAUACCAACAGUGGAGUACGAUUUCACCCAGAACGUUUCUAUGUAAUUGUCAGCUAUCUUUGAGACAUUUUAUACUUAGACUUUUAUUAACUGAGUGCCAAGUGUGAAAUUUUUUUUUCUACGUUCACCUUUCGAUCGCGUAAAAGUUAGCAGUG